GCGACAGCAACGGCUAAUAUAAUGCGUAUACCGGACGCGUGGAAACGGCAACGCGAUAGCUUUAGAUCUCAAAGAUUGCUGUGAAUCAGGCCUCAAAGUCCUGAGCAGGCAGCAUGAAUAAUCCUUAUCGAGCUAGACCCACCAGAUCUCGGGUGGAUCAUUCAGCUGCGUAUGGAAUACGCAACCAAAAUAUGUGGAUGCCCAUGUCUGGACCUCAAUCAGAUGUCCCACCAAAUGAUACCACCCAGCAGUCUCUUGUGAAUCAGUCAAAACAUGCCAGUGAUACAUGGAAGGAUCCCUGGGACUGGAAUCUGGACCAACAGUCAGAUACCCAGCAGCAGCAAUUACCACCGCAGCAACCAUCAUCACAACAGCAACAGCAUUACAUACCCUCGUAUCAGAAUCAAGGACAGUUGAUAUCUGCUUCUGUGCAGAACCAUUAUUACAAUAAUCUUAAUGGUAAUACGUCCGAUGUACUUAACCAGAACUCCAUGUCAGGCAGAGACACUCCUAGGUCAAAGUCCACUCAUCAGACUGGGUCGAAUUACACAGAUUCUUUCCCGCCCUACGCGAAUUAUAAUCAAAAUCAGCAGUAUCCGUUGCCACCCCGACAGAACAACGCGAAAUCUGGUUAUGAGCAUGCUCAAUGGCCGAAUGAGCAUCAGUCGUCAAAUGCAGCUUAUACUCAGCAAAGACUUGUCCAGAGCCAAAAGGAUCAACCACCACCAUUGCAUCCACCACCGAUGGCGGCACAUAACAGUUAUAACUGGAGUAAAGACGAUGCAACAAACUUACCAUUGCAACGUAAUUGGCAGAAUCAUACCGAUACGCUAGUGUGCGCAACCAUUGCAAAUAUGCAAUGCGCCUGUUGA